UGGGUGCUGUGGUAGACCUCUCUCUUACUGUGAGGGGAUAUAUAAUUUACGAUGUGGCAAAGCAAGGAAGUGAACCUCACCACGCUUUGCCUCCCACUGCUUGGGGCAUGAUUCUUUUGAGCUCUCCAAACGAGGACAACUUCAAGGGAUGGGAGAAGCAGUGGGAAGCACUGCGUAUCAUAAUAGAUUGCCAUAAGAAGAGUGAACUGAAAGCGAGGUGUGUGUGGAUACACCGCGAUAAAGCAGAGGAGGAACAACAGAAAGAAUGGAACGUUGUGGAAGAGCGCAUAAGCAAUGUGGGACCGAUUCCCCGCCACAUUUUUUGUAGUAAAAUUAAGUACAAUGGUCGUGUGAAGGCGGUUGGAAAGGCAUUGACCUGUAUCACACCAUCCAAUGCUGAGCUAUACUUUGGAGUGAACAAAGAAGAUUCUUGGCAAGGCAAAGAUCCCUGCCACAAGCUUGUGAAAAUCACUCGGUAUUCCGCGCCGGAGGAAGCUGAGUGUUACUGCAACGAUCCGCUGGCACCUGCUAUAAGGAAAGCAAUAAAGGACCGGGUCGGAGAUGCUGUUGACACCUCCGCUGUUCUGAUGUCAUUGUUGCUUCCAUUUGAUGAGAUGGUGCCGAAAAUCAUGGAGAAAUUUGCAGUUGCGGCAUUUUUGCACGAGGAGUUCGUGAAAAGAGUACACAAGAAACUCAAACAGAUUAUUCCAGAAGGGUCAAGACGGAGGAAGAGGUGUGUCUUGGAGAAUAACUUUCAAGUCCACCCUGCUUCCCAAAAGGGAAUCCCAAUACUUGCAUCUCUUCAGAACGAAAUGAGUAA